CCCGACUUUAAAAGUAUAUAAAAAUAGCCUCCUCUUUCCUGUCUUUUUUCAGAUCAAACAGAAAUCAACAUGAACUCUAAGCUCUUUGCCGUUCUCUUUGUCGCUAUUUUUUACUUUACUGCUGUUUCUGCCAUGACCUGCAAGUGUGCCAGAGGUCCUACUGUUCUUACCAGAAAAGUCUGUCAAGAAUUAAGCUUCAAGGUUGGUACUGACAGCAAGCACACUGAUUUUGGAAGAACCACUUGCUACAACAUGACCAAAGACAAUACCACAAAGUACUUUAUUCCUCAGUGCAAGAAGGAUGGUGGUGACCGAUGGGUCUGCUACUAAAUAUUUUUCAUCUCUUUUUGAAAAUAAACUUCAUGCUUAAUUAAAGACGUCAUCUAACGUAACUGCUUAGCCUAUGUGCGUAUUGUUACUUGGAGCCCACAGAAACCUAUUACUUACAAGUCUAUAGGAUGUAUUUCUACCGUUU